AUGUUAGAGCUCAUGAAGAAUCCGAAAAUGAUGCGGAAGGCGCAACUAGAGAUACGACAUGCCUUGAGAUGCAAGUCACGGGUAACAGAGGAUGACUUGAUCAACCUGAAGUACCUAAAGCUUGUCAUCAAAGAAACAUUAAGGUUGCACCCACCAACAUCCGUGCUUUUCCCAAAAGCUAGUCAGGAAUGUUGUAAGAUCCUUGGGUACGAUGUGGCAGAAGGCAUGCUCAUGAUCAUGAAUGUCUGGGCUAUUAACAGGGACCCAAAGUACUGGGUUGAUGCUGAGGUUUUCAAGCCAGAGCGGUUUGAAGGAACUUCGGUUGAUUUCAGAGGCAUAGACUUCCAAUUCUUACCAUUUGGGGGAGGAAGAAGGAUGUGCCCAGGCAUGACGCUUGCACAUGCAAACAUUGAGUUAGCACUUGCAACGCUUCUACAUCACUUCGACUGGCAGCUUCCACAUGGGGUCACACCCAAUGAGGUAGACAUGGCUGAGAAAUUUGGCGUGGAUGUUCACCCGAAGAGGGAUGUUUACCUCUGUCCAGUCCUAGUUGUGCCACCUGAAAUGGAGUCCUAG